UUAGUUACUUACUUAAUAAAUUACAAUUGUGGAGUCAAAUAAGUGUAGAUAUAAAUAAUAUUUUCGUUUGAUAAUAAAAAGAAUAUUUAAUUUUCCUGAAUUAUAAUAUUAAUAUAAAAAUUUAAUAGCUAUUACAUUCAUUUUACGAAGUAAUAAAUGGAUGUUUGAUUCAUAAGAAUGUUGAACAAGAUAUUAUUGCAUGACUAUUGAAUAUGACAACGAUAAAUCAAAUUGAUACAUCUUUACCAUUUACGUUGAAACAAGGACAAGAAAAAUUUGAUAUAGAAGAUACUGAUGAUGACAAUACUAGUCUCGAGGAUAUUAACGAUCUUCUAUCAAUAUCAAUACCUUCACUUUCGGCGAAUAAAUUUCACAUUCCUACUGAUCUAAAUGAUGAAUUUCUUCGAUUAACUACUACGGUUCGUGCUGUAUAUUUUUCAUAUCUUCAUAAAUGUUUACUCACUAAUUAUAUUCUUUGCUAUAAAGAAAAAAAUGAAGAUAUUCCCAGUAAUCAAUUAAAAAAAUGUGCAAAUGAAAUGGAAUUGCUUGCAGUACGAUCAUCUUUAGAAGCUACUUUAUAUAGACAAAAUAUGUUAAAAUUAAUUUCAGAUGUAAAAUCACAUACAUCAGAAAAGAAAGCUUAUAAAAAAUUAAUAAUAUUUUUAGAAACCCCAUCAACUAAAGUAGACAUUGGGGUUCAAACAAUUAAUACAUGGGCAGAAUUAGAAAGGGCAGAUAAUAUACAAAGUAUAUGUAUCACAUCCAAUUGUGAAGAAUUAUCCUUACAUAAAGAAACACCAAAGUAUAAAGAAGAAGAUGAUAUAAAUAAUGAAAGUGAAGAUUAUGAUAUAUCUUCUCAAUUGACUAUUUGCAAUAAUACAACUUCACCUAUUGUAAAUUCUACUCAUGAUAAAAUACAAAAUAAAUUUGAUAUCAAAUCAGAUGAAGAAAUAAAUAAAAAAAUGAUAGUAGAUGAAGAGACAAUGAAAGAAGAUAGCAAUAUUUUUAAUUAUAUAAAAGAUAAUUCUAAUUCUCAAAUUCCAAAUCAAUCUAAUAUUCAAAAUGAUGAUGAAAAUUCACAGGAUUCGCUUUUACAACACAUGGAAGACAUGUUUUGCGAUAGUGAUGAUAGUAGCGAUCUUAUGACAUUAAUUGAAAAACAUUCAGGUGUUACUAAAGCUAAUAUGGAUAAGGAAAUUAAUGCUCUUCUUCCACAUAAUUCAAAUGGCUCUAUUAAUAUGCCUGAAAAUAAUAUAAAAAUUAAUUCUGUUAAGAAUACUAAUAUAAAGGCAUUAAAUACAAAUACGGGAAAGUACAGUUUUAGUUAUUAUAAAGAAAUGAAAACCAGACAAACUAAUAAAUUAUUACCAGUUGAAAGUGAAACAAUAGAAAAUAAACAUAAACGUAGAAUAAAUAGUAUUUGGUUUGUUGAACGUGUAUAUCAAGUAUCUAAAUUAAAAGCAAAAAUGACAGAAUUAUCUUUAAAAGAUUAUAGAAGACAUGGUAGAGUUAAAGAAAAAUUUAUUGAACUAUUUGGAGAAACUGAUGAUGAAGAAAUGAUGCCAGAUUCACCAAUUUGUAUAGAAGAACAUUUAACUGCAUGUAAAGAAAGAAUAGCACCAUGGAUUGUAAAACAUUUAAUGCCAUUUUAUAAAAAACGAAGAAUUAAAGAUAGGCAAUUAUUUAAAAUAGUUGCAAAGCAUGUAGCUGAUAUGCUUAUUAUUGAAAAUACAUUUCCUGAACAAGACUGUGUGAGCAAAUAUAUAGAAACAUAUUUUAAAAAUAAAAAAUUUAUUAGAACUAAACAAGAUGUAUAUUUAUAAAUAUACAUUAUGUAAUUUAAUCUGUUAGAUCAAAAAAAAUCUCAUAAAAUGUUUCAUAUAACUCAAUUAUUAAUAUUGCAUUUAUUUAAAUAAAAGUUUUAAGCUUGAGAUUAAAUCAAAACAAAAUUAUAUGUUUUAUUAUAAAAAAAAGAAUAAAUAUAAUAUUAUAUUAAAUUAUUAUAAACUAAAUUUAGAAUACAAUAUAAGAUAAAAUAAUAAUUUAGGAUUAUUUACAGGAACUUUUUUUAAUUUAAAAGUAAAGUAUUAUAGUUCAAGAAUAUUGAGUUUUUAAAUAUUUUUACAUAAAAAAUUAAAUAAACUUUUUAAAAUAAACUAAAAUUAAAAUUUUUUUUGAAUAUUCUCGUAAAAAUAAAUAUUUAAAACACAGUCUUAAUUCUUAUGUUCCUUAUUAUUUAUAUUGAUAUAUAAUAUUUCUGCAAUAUUAAAACUUAGUAUGCAAUAUUAUGUGUGCAUUUGUAUAUACGUAUAUAUUUAUAUUAAAUUAAUGAAAUAUAUUUAAAAUUUUUUUUGCAAUAAUUAUAACUUAAAUAAAAUAAUGUAAAAUAGUUUAAUCUAUGCCCUGUACAUAGUCCCUUUGAUAAAUAUAAAUGUUUCAAAAGUAUUACUUCUCCAUAAUGUAAGUUACAAAAAUGUGAAAACAUAAUAUAUGAAUUAUUGAUUUUAUUCCACAAAACAAUAAUAUUCUUGUAUCUUAUUUUCAAAAUAAAAUAAGGAGCAUAACAAGGAGAUUCAAAAUAUCUUAAUUAUAUAUAUAUUUUAUCAUUAAUAAACAAAGAUUAAAUUUAGUAAAUAUUAGAUUUUUAACAGUUUUUCUUAUGCAAAGAAUAUUAAAUUAUAAACAAUUUUUUAGAGAUUCAUUUCUAUUUUUAAAUUAUUUUAUCUUAUUUACUUAUUUGUAAUAAUUCUGUUUACAAAUAAACUUAUAUGCUAUUUACAAGUUAUUCAAAAAAAAACAGCAUAAUAAAAUAUUAUUAUUUAAUUUAUUUUAUUAUA